AUGAGUUUGUCUAGUGAAGCAAAAAAACGUCUUCGUUUAACAGAUCUUAAUUAUAAACUCGGUCAUAAAGAAUAUACAUUUUAUAAAUAUUGGCUUGCAUCUAGAUUCGAAGGGGCGACCCUAAAGGGUCAUGGCCAUACUGAUAAAAAUGAUACUGCACUUUUAGAUGCAUAUCGACCUGAGGAGAUUCAUUCUCAAUAUAUAAUUCAGAUAGCAGGAAAAGGUUAUACAACGAUCGAUCAUCCUAGUGAAGUUUAUAGAAUACCUGAUACUCAUGAAUGUAUCGAUAGGAACCAGCCCCUUUGCUUAAUUAUCGAUAUUGAUGCAAGGCAAAAACCUGAUCCUACUAAUUCUAAACUUUUUUCUCUAGAUGGUCAAAAAAUUACUCGAGAAGAUUUGUUAUCUCGAAUUUUAGUUGCUUGUGCAGAUGCAUUAAGCCUUAUUCUAGAAUAUAUGCUUUUCUUAAAUUCUUUUGCUUUAGCAAGUUUAUCAAAUACUGAGAAAUAUAGUUGGUAUAUUAUUUAUCCUCGGGCCCAAUUCGUAGAUUAUAGAGAACUCAAGGGUUUUACAGAAAAAGUUAUAGAAUUAGUUGAAGAACCUUAUGCCAAAUUCAUUAAUAUUGGCCUUCCCAAAUCACGUUUUAGUCUUCAACUUCUUGGAUCAGCAAAAGAGGGACGUAUAAAAAGACCUGCUAUCUCUUCCGUAAAUAAGGGAUUUAAAAAUUUAGAUGAUUACCUGGUUCAGCCUAAAGAAAAUUAUUUUGUAAUCUGGCUACGAACCUUUUCAGAUGAGAGGCUAGCAGAAGAGGAAUACCAACCUAUUGACGAUAAUAAUGCCUUGGUUAAAUUAGAAGAAUCGAGAAGGGAUUUAUCAACUUUCAAGCACAAUCCAUUAAAGAAUGCCCUAUAUAUGAUGUUAAAUAUGAAAAAGAUCAACUCUAUAGAUUUAUUCGACAAAAUAGCCAAAGCUGUGUCAAAUCCUCAUUUGCUUCUUGAAUUAUCUGAAGAAGUUAUUAAUAUAAAGGAAAUAGAAGAUUUUCCAGAAGCUUAUCCCAAUUUCUUAAGCAAAGAACCUAGUACAACUUUGAUUCGCUCUCCUAUAAUAAUAGGAAAAACAAAAGUUCAAGUUAAAAGUCUCUCUCAUAUAGAAUUCUCAGCCCGUUCAAUUGUAGCUAUUUUAGAUGAAGUCAAUGCAAUUCAACAUCAAAUGAAUAGCACUAUGGAUGCAUUUGCAAAUGAAAGUACACUAACACUUCUCAAGGCUUAUCAUAGUGAAAAUAUUCGAAUAAUUGAUAAUAAAUUCCAACUGCUUAUAGGUAAGACUGUUGAGUAUCUUUAUAACUCAAAUAGUAGGGCUAAAGCUAUGCAAAUAGGGUUUGAGUAUUUGAAGCAUGGUAAACGCGUAGCAUUUGUUGUAACAAGUUCUAAUAUGGCUCAAGCAUUAGUAAAAGAAGCUUCUAAAUUAUCUUUCAAAGCUCAUAUUAAUACUGCUUGGGGCGAACUCAAUUGUGUGGCUUAUACAAAUACAGUAGAAGCAGAUAUUUCUUUUGAGAAAUCUAAUCACUUUGACAUAGUUAUAGGCAUUACAAAUAUUGGAACUCCAGUUAAUAUAGAAGCAUUUAUCCAGAUGAUAUUCCGAAUUCAUGAUUGUGAAAAGCAUAUACUUUCACUUUAUUAUCAAAAAAUUUCCAGUGAAUUUUCUCGUUCACCAGGUCAUGAAAAUAUUCGAGCAGAACUUGCAGAUAUAAAUAGCAUUUCCUAUAAACUUGAUCAAUCUCCCGCUAUAACAUCAUUUGUUGAAGUUGAGCACCAGAAACAUCUUUCAACCAGAAAUUUUAUCAAGAUUUCAUGUAGCCUUAUUGCCAGUACUGGAGUAAGUCUUAAAUUAAUAAAAAUGGAUGAAAAUAAAGAAAUUAUAGGGAAUUGUAAAAAUGUUCGUAAUGAGAUUAAGGAAGCUGAAUUUCUUAAACUCAAUUCAGAAUGUUCAGUUGCAGAUACUAUAGUACUUAAUUUACUUGAACCUAGAAAACAUUUCUUGCAUCUAUCUCAUUUUUACAAGCAAGGUUAUGAUGAAGAGAGUGUAGUAGAAGAAUUAAAGGCCAAAGAUAUCGUACAAUGGGAAGAUACCUGUUAUAAUGCUAAAGAUAAUUUUGAAGAUUCAGUAGCAAAAGAUUUAUACAAAACAUAUUCAGCGAAUCAUUGGGAAGCUAUACGAGGUCUUUUACAGUUGCUUGGUUUUACGGGUAUAGAUGAUAAACGCAUUCUCUCUAAUAAUCAGGUAAAAGUUACGUUUGAGGCAUCUCAUAAAAAAUUUAUAGAAAUUCGAAGUCAAGCCUUAUUGCUCUUUGGCUUUAGGUCUCAUACAAAAGAAAUACCAGAUCUUAAAUUAGCUAUAAAGGCAAUCAAUGCAAUUUCAUAUAAUGGUCGUGGUUUUAAUAAUCAAGAAGAAGUAAUAGCUAGAAAGUUAGAUAAUCCUGAAUAUUGCCCUAUAGCUCCAGUCUUCCAUCAUAUAAGCCGAAGUGGGAUGAUUGAUGAAAAAGGUUUAUCUUUAGAAAUGCCAGCUCAUAAUCAAUCUUCUGGUCUUUCCUAA